AUCCAAAGUUAGCGUAAGCGCCUAACUCACACAUACGCUUUCUCUCUUCGCCUUUUUUUUUUUCCCAUCAUCCAACGGUUGAAAAUCAAUCUCAGCCACCUCAUCUUUUGUCAACCGUCAGAUCUACUUUCAUUAAUAAAAUCGUUCUCCUUUGUUUUUAUUGUUGAAAUUUAAGUUGCUGUUAGUUUAGGUUAGGCCUUCCCUUCUUCCCUUUCCAACCCCACUUCCUAACAAUCCUCUCUUUCUCUCUCUAAAUUUUCUCUCUCUAGUUCUUGAUUCUUCAACCAUCAUUACAAGAAUCCAAGUAACUUUUUGACAACUUAUUCACAUUGGCUUAUUAUUCGCGCUGGUUGAAUAAGGUCUUAGUCUGUAUAGACAUUUUAAGUCGAUAGUCGAAGAUUUGAUGACAAUGCUGGUUCCACCGUGGCUAGAGCCUCUAUUAAACACGGCUUUUUUCUCAAUAUGCCGGACGCACGGUGAUGCGGCACGUAGUGAAUGUAAUAUGUACUGCUUGGACUGCAAUGACAAUGCUUUUUGCUUCUAUUGCCGCUCAUCCAAACAUAAAGACCAUCAAGUCAUUCAGAUAAGGAGAUCUUCAUAUCAUGAUGUGGUAAGAGUCUCAGAGAUUCAGAAGGUAUUGGAUAUAAGUGGAGUGCAGACAUAUGUAAUCAACAGUGCAAGAGUUUUGUUUCUAAAUGAAAGGCCACAACCAAAGAGUAGUGGCAAAGCAAGUUCUCACGUUUGUGAAAUAUGUGGAAGAAGCCUUUUGGACACUUUUCGUUUCUGUUCUCUCGGAUGUAAGCUUGUAGGAAUAAAGAGGAAUGGAGAUGCAAGCUUUAUCUUAGAUGCCAAGAAUGAAGUAGCAUUGCAAAGAGGUGAAGGCAUAUCAUCAAGAGGAGGAAAUCAAUUGCGUGAAGGCUUAGAACAUGACAUAUACCCACCCACCCCACCUCCACCCCCUUCAAAUGCUAGAAGAAGAAAGGGCAUUCCUCAUAGAGCACCCCUUGGUUCUUAACAUAAUAAUUAACCAAAAUAAUAAUUUAACUACCCUUUAAAAAAUAUCUUUAUACAACUCAUUAUUGUAGAGGUCACAUAAGGGGGGUUGUAAAGGUUGAUGAAGUUUCCUUUUGAGGAUGGUGUGGUCUUUGAAAAGAAGAAGAAAAAAAAUUCUCUUGUAGGAGAAAGCAAUAAUGCACAAUUUGUUAUAUUAGAAAGUUGGAAGAUUGUACAUUGUAAUCAAUUAAUUAAUUAAGAAAUUAAAAGGCAAAGUGUUUGUUGGA